CAGAGACGCUGAAGUUUUCAUUUUAAGAGCUUGUCCUGGAGCAAAGCAGUGGAGAACACAAGUUAAAAUAAGUGAUUAUUGUGCGAAACGGUUGGCAAGACAUUAAGGAUGAGACAUGCCACGAGAACAAACAAAACAGUGGAAACGACUUCUCUGAUAGUUAGCGAUUUGUUGAAGAUUUGCUCACACUGUAAAGGGCUUUGCAAAAAGGACAUUGGAGUUCGAAUUCCAAAGCCACGAGGACACGGACCAAGCAGAUUUAUCCCUGAAAAAGAGGUACUUCAAGUAAGUAAAGUAAAUGCGAAGAUGCAGGUGAUUUUUGAAGACGCCUUUGCUGCCUUGGGUCGCCUUGACAACAUUUCUCUGGUAAUGGGGUUCCACCCUCAGUACCUGGAGAGCUUUCUUAGGACACAGCACUAUCUGCUGCAGAUGGAUGGUCCUCUAUCACUCCAUUGCCGGCACUACAUUGGGAUAAUGGCUGCAGCCAGGCACCAGUGUUCCAAUCUGGUGAACUUGCACGUGAAUGAUUUCCUUCAAGUGGGAGGGGACCCCAAGUGGCUGAAUGGUUUGAAAGAUGCCCCACAGAAGCUGCAGCAUUUGGGGGAGCUGAAUAAAAUACUGGCACACCGACCUUGGCUUGUCACAAAAGCUCACAUCGAGCAACUGUUGAAGGCUGAAGAGCACAGCUGGUCCCUCGCUGAGCUCAUUCAUGCAGUGGUCCUGCUCACACACUACCACUCGCUGGCCUCCUUCACGUUCGGUUGUGGAAUCAGCCCUGAAAUCCACUGUGACGGAGGGCACACUUUCCGACCCCCUUCCGUCAGCAACUACUGUGCCUGCGACAUCGCCAACGGAAACGGUACCCCGGACGAGAUUCAAGGCAACCAUGUGUUGACUGAUGCCCCUUGUGAGGUGGAGGCACUAAUGGAGAAGAUGAAGCAGCUGCAGGAAUGCAGAGAUGAGGAAGAGGCAAGUCAAGAGGAGAUGGCAACCCGCUUCGAGAGGGAGAAAACUGAAAGCAUGCUGGUAGCAGCUGCAGAGGAUGAAGAUUCAGUGCCAACAAGGGAUGUCUCCCGUCACUUCGAAGACACGAGUUACGGAUACAAAGACUUCUCAAGAUGUGGGGAGCAUGUGCCUACAUUUCGUGCUCAGGACUACAGCUGGGAGGACCAUGGCUACUCCUUGGUGAAUCGUCUUUACCCCGAUGUGGGUCAGCUGCUGGAUGAGAAGUUCCAGAUCGCUUACAAUUUAACAUACAACACCAUGGCGAUGCACCAAGACGUGGACACCUCCAUGCUGAGGAGGGCAAUCUGGAACUACAUCCACUGCAUGUUUGGAAUAAGAUACGACGACUAUGAUUAUGGGGAAAUCAAUCAGCUGUUGGAUCGCAGCUUUAAGGUUUACAUUAAAACCAUGGUCUGCAGCCCGGAGAAGACCACCAAAAGAAUGUAUGACAGCUUCUGGAGGCAAUUUAAACACUCUGAGAAGGUACAUGUAAAUUUGCUUCUUAUGGAAGCUCGUAUGCAAGCAGAGCUGCUCUACGCUUUAAGAGCAAUUACUCAUUAUAUGACAUGAAGUGCUGUUUUGGGACACGUCGAGGGAGCCUGACUGGUACGUACUGUAGAUCUUCAUUGUGGGUGCUGAGUCACCUGAACCAGAAGUUGGUUAACUGGCUGUGAAUUUCAUUGUGUCAUAAUGUGCUGUGGAUGCAUCAUGGCUGAGGUUGGCUUCAGCAGAAGGUAUGGUUAGAAGACUGAAGAAUCAGCAAACUUGAGUAUUCAGUUUCAUCUGUACAACAUGUGCAACUUUUAAGUCUUUGUAACAGUGCACGGAGCUGCAUUUAGUAUUUAAUAUCAUUGUAUUGUGUUUAACAUUGAUAUUGAAACAGGAGUUUAAAUGAAACGGGGCUUUGAAACGUGUGCCUGAUGUGUAAUGUGAAGAUGCAGCUACUCUACUCUUCCUUGCCAGUGGAAUCGUUGACCAUUGGCUGUCCAUGUAAGCUAAAACAAAUGAAAGUAAAAAAAAACAAAAAAAACAGCACUGCAACUGAGCCUGUCUGGGGUUGACUGUAAGAAACCGCUGGUAUUGUGAAUUGUUGUAUUACUUUUUUUGGCUAUAAACUUUGGAAUUUAAAACUUCUCCAUUUGCAACAGUUUGAAGCGUGAGACCAUUUCUGCUGUAUAUAAUUAAAAAUAAAAAAAAAGUUUGAAUAAGCUUUUGUUGUAAUUUCACCUUCUCUUAAGAGAAGUGGAUUUGUUACAUAUUGGGUUGUUUUUUUUCCCUUGUGUCUUCCGCAGAUGUUCAUCUAACAUUUUAACAUAGUUAUGCAUUACAAUUUGAAUACCUAGUUAUAUGUUCUAUCUAGGCAAAAUUAUUUUGCACAUAUCCUGCCUUUGAUGCUGCUGUGUGUUUUGCUAUUAGCAGCAGAGCUUAAGGGAGAGUGGUAUUAUAUUGACUGUGCUGCUGUGGCUUUUGAUAUGCAGUUUCAGCAUGGUUGUGUGAGCUUACCCAUCAAUGGCUUUCAUGACAAAGCUAGUAAGUCAGGAUUUGUUUACUAGAAAAUAGCCAGUACUAUACUUGAUUUGAAGAUGAACAUCAAUGUGUAAACAAAUGAUUAAAAAAUACAUAAAACAUGCUUGUAUUAAACCUAUAAAAGACUUUUCAAAAUUGAAGAUGUUGGUAUUGGUGUUUUAAAUAAAGCAGUCCAUGGGAAA